CUACAGCCUUGAGACCUUUGCCGUCUACUCCUAUCGUUAAUUCGACAUCAUUCGUUAAUUUUAAACUUCAACAACACAACAACAUCAAAAUGCGUACCGCCUUCGCUGUCACUGCUUUCAUCGCUGCGGCUUUUGCUCAAGCUGACUCUUCCUCGGUCGACCCAUUCCCCCAGACCAGCUACCUCGCACAGACCAACUCUCUUGGUGUUGUGACUGGCAUGCCCGCUGCUGCCACCUCCAUCCCUACUCAGCCAGCUGCUGUCACCUCGCAGCCUGCUGCUGAUACCAGCGUUGGCCUUGCUGCUUCCAUUCCCGCUGUGGCCCCUGGCAUCUACACCGUCCCCGUUAAUGGCCUUGGUAACUCCACCCGCUUGGUCACUGUCUCUGCCAACAACUCCACCACCGUCAUCCUGGGCGCAACUGCCACUGGCUCGGCGGCCUCCAACAGUGCCAGCGCCACUGGCUCCGCCGCCUCCGGUUCCAGUCACGCCUCUGCCAGCCGCGCCUCCGGUUCCUCCACUGCUUCCGGUACUGGUGCUCAGAGCUCUGCUGGCGCCGCUGCCAACCUCAAGGUUGCUGCUGGCUCCAUGGUCGGUUUCGCUGCCUUCAUUGCCGCUUUCUUUUAAGCGUGUCGUAGCAUCAAGCCUUUGAUGUCGUUCGUGAGAAACAUGGCACAUUGCAUCGUGCACCCGCUUCGCGCAUGUCGCGUAGCGCAGGAUUCUUUGGUUGUUAUUUCGAAUAGGCUGUCAGUUGACGCCUCACUGUCCUUGAGAUACCUGGUGUUGCAUUGUAAGGCAAUCGGCGCCGGGCAGCACCAUUGCCAGGAAUUGAAUUCCGUUUUGGAUCGGAAGUAAUAGUAAUCGCUCAUCGCAUUGACGAUGGAGCGUUAGGAGAUUUCAGUACGAUACAAAAUGUAGCAUCGUCGCAAGACUGAAUGAAAGACAAUUGAUCGCCCC